AUGGACACAAGCGAAUACGAUACUAAUACCUUAUUAAAUAAUAACAUCUCCUCGAUCGUUUUCCGAGUUUACGAACCUUCUCAGGAGCACGCGCAAACCUUCCCCUCGGCUGCUGCCGAUGUCGAGACUAAACUACGGAACCGCGGCCACAUCGUUUACUAUGAUGCGACCAGGCGCGUGCUAUGGUAUUUCCAUGUGCCAGGGAAAGGAGCGGCGGCCACCGACGACAAUAAUGGGGCUUUGGGCAACACCAUCGAAGUCGAAGGUGCGACACUGUUGAUGGUCGAGGAUGGUUCAUUCGAGCCGGUUAGUCUGUUCAAGGGACGCGCACCGGGUCAACAAGCUGCAAAUACCCCCACAAGCUCUUCAUCAAGUAACUCGGCCCUCGACCUGUCCCUUCGGAAUUCGCAGAACACAGGCUCUGGGCCGCCAAGCUCUUCCGAUCCCGAUUCAAAGCCCGCCUCAGCCGGAGGACCCGAUGCGAAAGGUACAGGCUCUGUGCCUCUGAAGGAUGCAUACGAGCAUUUUGUUACGGCUCUCUUGUCGACCGUUUCCGCAGCUUUCUGUAGCCGCAUUUGCGCGAUACCCGUCAACUACCGAACGGUCCUUUUUCCCGCGAAAGUCUCCCGCGAAAACCAGUCCGACCGAGCUCUCGAUUCUGAUUCAGCAGUCGUUGGAACCUUCCGCAUUUAUCUGACAACUACGGGUGCGUUGGUUAUGAGCUUGUCAUUGUCGUGUUGUGAAGGUCUACUGUCGGUGAACGAGCCAUCAAGUCCGGGGCAGAUCGUGUUAGGCUCUCAGAUCUUGGCGGCCCCAUUUGGCGUUCUAGCGAAUUAUCAAGGAUUCAUGGGCGGCGGCUUGUCAUAUCCAGAGCUUGGUCUUGGACAAACUCCAGAUACUCAACUCUGGAGGAGCGCGGAUGCUAAGUCAUCGCAAUGGAGAGACACGUGCAUCAAGAUCCUUCAGUCCCGUGGGCUAUCCCCAACGUUGCUUCAGUCUUGUCCCUGGAUAGCACUUCAGAUGAUCCGCCGAAAACCAGGAGACGGCAAGUCAACACCACUCCCGUCGACAAUGGCUACGAUAUCAUGGCCGGCUGCCCUCUGCUUCCGCAAAAAGUCAGUGAUCCUGGCGCGAAAUCAUGGUCUAGGAGAUACCGCAUUGCUGGCCCACGAGGAGACUGCAGACUUUCUAAGCGAAGCUAGAACCUGGUUUCAGCUCGGAACUGACAGAGAAGAAAAAGUCACCAAGCGGAAAAAGGAGAGGGAGAUUGCGGCAACAAAAGAGACUCCCGCGGCCGUCCCACCACAGCAACCCAAUGGACAUUCGCCUUUAGGUUUAAGGCGCGCGAGCAAUGCAGCGGCCGUAGGUGCGAUGUAUCCGACCCCUCCUGACGGAGUUCAGAAUCCUCUAGGAAUCACGCCCUCCAUAGACGGCACCACCUCCAGCCCAGGGGCUCCGAACGCGACCGUAGCCAUCGUCGAUAUCGAUACGGCCAUGGCAGAUGUCACCAUGCCUGAAACUGCGGUGCCGCAUGCCAGCCAACAUCAUGAGUCGUACGGUGAUGGCGGGUGGAACCCGAAUGACAACAAGCCAAGAGCAGAUUCAUUUCUAGGAGGCGAGAGCGACAACCUCUUUGGAGACAUGGGCCCGGAUAUGUUCGGUGAUGCCGACAUAACGGAUGCUGAUUUCAGCUUCUUUGAUGAGCAACCCGGCGAUGAUCUAGAUCUCUCGGGUCUCCCUGAUAUGGGCAUGUCAGAUGCACCUUCGAUGGCUCCAGUGCUUCCGCCUCCGCUGCCUGAGCCUGCGAAAAUGGCUGCUCCCCCGAUUGAGUAUGCAAAGCCCGAACCGAGUCCACCGAUUUUCACCAAGCCCGAACUCAAGCAUGCCAGGAGCACCCUCAUGGACGAGGGAAAGCAAAGACCCAGCACAGAGAAGGCUGCUGGUGUCAAGAGAGAGUCAAGCCCUUUUGGCCCCGACACCGUUUACAAAAGGGUCCGGGCAUCCUUGGGAGACAUCGACUCUGCUCCAAGCAAAACACCUUCAAGGAAAGGCAGCGUGUUUGACAGCGUAGGCUUCGACUCGGUGCUUCCCUCUGUCAACAAAAAGUAUGAGCAAGGGGGUCGUUUUGACUGCAAUCCCGUCACCCGCGGGUUGGCGCAAGAGCCAAUCACGGAACCUGGCGCUCAAGGUCCGCCUACAACCGACUACCUCCGGAGACACGGGAAACAGAGGAAGCAGUUGAAGCACUCGGAGCAAACGAGUGUGGUCAUCCGUACGAUUACCGGCGGUCUGGAAAACGCAACCUUGAACACGAGUCCCGCUAAGAUGGAUGACUUCGCAUCCGAUGCAGACGAUGUGAGCUUGGUAUCUGACCAGGAUGACGCAAGCUCAACGACAGAUGAGCCAGCGUCUCCGUUCAAAUCAAGCAUUAGAAGACUGAAUUUUGAUGACGAUGUGGUUUCUCACGUUACCUCGUUGAAGGACAUCGAGUCCGUCGAAGACUCUGAUCCCACCUUGGCCUUGGAACUCCCUAAACUAGCCAAGGUCGAGGCAACAGAGGUGUCCAUAACAAAGUACUUUGAGGAUUCCGAGGCACUGCCGAUUCAUCUUUCACUCACAGAUGAGGACAUGGUGACAAUCGCUCAGAUUGUGACUGAGCAAGCGGUCACUGGUAACUUGAAAAUCCGCGAUUCGCAAGCCAACACUCUGAACACAGCCAUUAUAUCAGAAACCCGUCGCCAGCUGUCAUCCCUGAGUCGCACCGCUCUGCAGACUCUGCGAGAAGUUGUCCCUGCUUGCCUUGGCGAGUUCAACACCUGCAACUUCAAAGGUGUCGUGGAGGUACCUGAUGUGCCGUUGCUGGGGCAGCCUAACAGACUGCACCCAAGGCCAGUUCCGCAGAGAGAUUCGAAUGCUGAGCCGCCCAAGCCCAACAACCUGUUCCAAAUCCCUGCGCCACACAUGGAACUCCGCCGCGCAGAAGCCAGACUGUCGGUGCUUCCGUCAAGUGUUCAGUUUUGGGAGAGCUUGGGUCUCGGCCCUGCCCAAGGGACGAAGAAUGUCAACGUUGUCUGCGUGUUUCCGAACUGGGAUGGCAUGACAGAUGUCGCCGCAGCGUUCUUGGAUCGAAUGCGCAAUGUCUAUGAGCUGCUGAAACUAGGCUCGUUCGAGCGCCUGCCCACGAGUUCAAAGGUGACCGACGGGCUGAUGCCAUUCGAAGCGGACAAGAUUGCUACUUCUCCGGGCACGGUCAGCCCUCAUAUUGGGUCAAGUCUGGAUGAUCGCAUGGAGGCCUUGAACCAGGGGCUCUUGUCAGCAAACGUGACGGAGAAGAAUUUUGUUGUGUACUUCGUGUACCCUCCAGAUCACCCUGGGUCGAUCGUGGAGGAAUGCACGGCGUUCCAACGGCUCUUCGAGAUACACAAGAGGUCUUUGACUGACAGAAGACAAGCCCCAGUCAAUGAACUUGUUUUGCAGCUGGUCCCUCUAGACUUUCUGACUUCUCCUGUGGGCAUCGUUGAACCAACACCAAGCGACGCCAUCAAGCUAGCGAUAGAGACGUAUGAUCGAUGCACAUUGUUUGGCGGGCCGAUGCCCUCGCCGGCUAUCAUGCUGGAGCAGUCACUACCACGGGGCAUCGAUUUCAAGAUCUCCAAUACUUCCUCGUCCUCGCUCAUGCACGAAAACACCUGCAUGCACAUCGCUUACGCACAAAGCAUUGACGAGAGGUGGAUUACAGCAGCAUGGACCGACAACAGGGGAUGCCAGCAAAUGACGGCGUCUUACAGUCUCGGGCGCAAAGGCAAGCCACUUUCAACGUCUCUUAACGAUGUCUACCACGAGAUAUGGGAUACAACACACGAUUUGAUCUCCAAGUGGAAGGUACACUGGCGGGUCAUUGUCACGAAGUGCGGGCCCAUGGACCAGCAGGAAAUCGGUUUCUGGCAAGGUCUCGCGCAAACCGAGUCGAUGGCCUCGGUGAGCCUGACGUUGAUCUCAGUCGACACAAAUCCGUCUCUACAGUUGCUUCCUCCGGCAAUAAAAGUACCAGCGACAGCCUCGUCAGCAUUCUACACCACCCCGGUGUCAACACCGCAGGCAUCAAUACUCUCUCCUGAGCAAAGCGGGACCCCCGCUACACCUAUGAAGGAAAACAACCCCGUAAACGCCGCCACACCGGGAGGCACCCCUGGUGAUGGCAACGCGGAACCAGCCGAAGGCGACGCCAUUCUUCUUGAUGUUACGGAUCAAACGUGGGGUGCCGUGCUUGCCCAUCGACUCAGCAACUCAUCAACUCUCGGAGAGCUCAAUCCUGCUAUAAUCAGUGGGUAUCUAGUCAAACGCGGCGGAACAAAACUAGAAGAUCCACCAGUGGUUUUGGAAGUCAACAUUUUGCACGUGGAUAGCAACCCGCGGAUGUGCGAGACUCUGAUGCGAGAGAUGCUCACUUAUUUCAGGGGCCUCGGUACACUAGCUCGGGCCAGGGGCAUUGUAGAUAGGGGGACGGAUAUACGGCCUUGGCAUAUCGCGGCAGCGGAGAAGGGCGUCCGGGCAUUAUACCUCUUGAUGUGA